GCAUCAAUUAUUAAACGGGAGCUCGGCUGCCGCACGCCCACCUCCAGCACGGACAGCGUCAGCCCCGCCGAACGCUACUUUGUGGAAGCGCGUCUUCUCGACCUGUGCUCGCUGCGCAGUGUGCAUCAGUUUGCCGGCCAGCUGAUGUCCGAGUUCGAACGCAUCGAUGUGCUGGUGAACAAUGCGGGCAUGGUGUUUGGUGACACACGCGCGACCACGCCGGACGGCUUCGAGCCGCACAGCCAGGUGAACUAUUUGGGUCCGUUUUUGCUGACGCAGCUGCUGCUGCCGCAUCUGCGUCGCUCGGAGCAGGGCCGGAUUAUUUUUGUGUCGGCGCACGCCCAUCAGGCGGCCAAAAUCGAUUUCGACGAUCCGCUAAAUGUGGGCACCUGGUCGGUGAAGUUCCAUGCACGCGACGCCUUCGCCCACUCCAAGCUGGCCGUUAUUUUGGCCACGCGCUGGCUGGCCCGAGAGCUGAAAGAUACCCCCAUUACGGUCAACUGCUGCACGCCCGGACUAGUGAGAGGCACACGGCAUCUGCGCAACUCACCGCUAAUGUCGGCCAUUUGCGUUAAGGUGAUCACCUACCCCUGGAUGUGGCUAUUCAUGAAGAACGCCAGCGAGGGAGCCCAGUGCGCCAUACGCCUAGCCACAGAUCCCCAGCUGAAGCAAGUGACCGGCGAGUACUUCAAUGACUGCGAAAUUGCGCCAACUUCAGAGGCCGGGCAGGACAAGGAGUUGGCCAAGAGAUUGUACAUGCAGACCAUAGAGACGCUCCAGCGCGUUACCAAGCUAACCGUCGACAAGGAGGCGUGCACCAUGGCGACGCAGCUUCAACUGGAGUCCGGCAAGUGAUUUAUGUGCUGCACGCGGCCAGGCAUACACGACGACGACGACGUCUACAACUUCCAACGUCUAUUUGCAUUUGGCUUAACAAUUGCCGCAUUAUCCAGCCAACCAGCCAGUCUGCCAGGCAGCCAAACCAGUUCGGGCCACUUAGAGUCCGCCCCAAAUUUAAGAGUCUGCAGCUGCGACUGCCUCUGCGAUUCACUCGUAGAGAAUAUAUGUAAAUUUAAUGUGCUAACGAAAUUG